UCGCGGCCCUCGCGCCCGCCCCCUCCGCUGUCUCAUUGGUCGGAAGGCGUGCCACUCGACUGCUCCCGACCUUCGGCCGGGGGUUCUGUUCCGCCCGCUUCCCCGGUGGGCGGCUCCGGCCUGGGCCUGGGCCGGAAUCGGAACGGGAAUGGCCUCCGGGAGCGGUGCGGAGGGGGAGGCUGUCAGCGGGGCCCAGCUCAUCGCUGAGUCCCUCAAGGCUCAAAAUAUCGAAUGCAUGUUUGGCAUUGUUGGUAUUCCUGUCACUGAAAUUGCAAUCACAGCCCAAGCAGUUGGAAUAAAAUAUGUAGGAAUGAGAAACGAACAAGCUGCCUGUUAUGCUGCAUCUGCUGUUGGAUAUUUGACUGGCAGACCAGGAGUGUGUCUUGUAGUGUCCGGUCCAGGUUUUUUGCACGCACUUGGUGGGAUGGCAAAUGCAACCAUGAACUGCUGGCCUUUGAUUGUUAUUGGAGGCUCUUCUGACAGAAAUCAGGAAACCAUGGGAGCUUUCCAAGAAUUCCCACAGGUUGAAGCUGGUAGGCUCUACAACAAACUGUCUGUCCGCCCAAGCAGCCUAGAAGUUAUUCCUGCUGUUAUUGAAAAGGCUGUAAGAACCAGCAUGUAUGGUCGUCCAGGUUCCUGCUAUAUUGACAUACCUGGGGAUUUUGUGAAUCUUCAGGUGAAUAAGAGCUCUGUCAAAUACGUGGAAUGCUGCCUGCCACCUCCCAUCAGCAUGGCCGAAUGCUCUGCUGUAUCCAAAGCAGCGUCUAUCAUUGGUCUUUCCAAGCAGCCUCUACUAAUCAUUGGCAAAGGUGCUGCUUAUUCACAUGCUGAAAACAACAUCAGAAAGUUGGUGGACCUUUGUGGACUGCCUUUUUUGCCUACACCAAUGGCAAAAGGAGUAGUUCCUGAUAACCAUCCAAAUUGUGUAGCUGCAGCAAGAUCAACGGCAUUACAGCAUGCUGAUGUAAUCAUCUUGCUUGGUGCAAGGUUGAAUUGGAUUUUGCAUUUUGGUCUUCCACCAAGGUUUCGACAAGAUGUAAAGGUUAUUCAGAUUGAUAUUUGUGCAGAAGAGCUGGGGAAUAAUGUGAAGCCAGCUGCAAUUUUAUUAGGUGACAUAAACGCUGUGACUAAGCAGCUCUUAGAAGAAUUCAGCAAAAGACCAUUGAAAUAUCCUUCUAAUACAGAGUGGUGGAAGAGGCUGAGAGAGAAAAUAAUGACCAAUGAAGAAAGAUCGAAGGGAUUAGCAUUACAGAAAUCCCUGCCUAUGAAUUAUUACACAGUCUUCCAUCACAUCAGAGAACUGAUACCCAAGGACUGCAUCUUAGUAAGUGAGGGAGCAAACACCAUGGACAUUGGACGAACUAUGCUUCCAAAUUACUAUCCCCGUCAAAGGCUUGAUGCAGGUACUUUUGGAACAAUGGGAGUUGGACUGGGUUUUGCUAUAGCAGCUGCAAUGGUAGCUAAAGACCAAACACCUGAAAAGCGAGUCAUCUGCAUAGAAGGAGAUAGUGCUUUUGGAUUUUCUGGGAUGGAGGUGGAGACUAUUUGCAGAUACAACUUGCCGAUCCUGAUUAUUGUAGUAAACAACAAUGGGAUUUACACUGGUUUGGAUGCAGAUACCUGGAAGGAGAUGUCAAAGUUUGAAGAUCUUGCUACAUGUGUACCUCCUGUUUCUCUCCUGCCAAAUUCACACUAUGAGGAAAUUAUGUCUGCCUUUGGAGGUAAAGGAUACUUUGUUAAAACUCCAGAAGAAUUGCAGAAUGCUCUGAAAGCAAGCCUGACUGACAAGCAAACACCUUCUCUUAUAAAUGUAAUGAUUGAUCCACAGUCUGAGAGAAAGAAACAGGAAUUUCCAUGGCUGACCCGUUCUAACUUGUAGUAGAAGAUGAAGAUAAUGGUGGUGCAAGGCAGUGUGUUAAGCAAAACUAAAUUGCCUUCCAGAAGUGGAACUGGUACAACUCUAUUUUACAUAAGUAUUGGAACAAAGUGGGAUUUUAGAACUGCUAUUAGAGGAAUCAUUACAUGCUGAAAUUAAGUAAUUGUAACAUGAAAGAGACACACAUGAAUGUAUACCAGGCCCUCUAGCAGAUUGUACAGAAACACUGAUGAUAAAAUUAUAUACUUUUUCUUUUCCUCAGAGUCAUACUCAUCAAGAUUUGUGAAUUAAAAUCUUGGGUGUUCUGGACAAAGGGAGUAAGCUGAGGGGUUUAUUCUGACUGAAACAUAGAAGUCUUUGGCAGUCUGCGGUUAUACUAGCUUCAUUUUUAACUGACCAGUAGGAAGCUACUUGUUAGAGACUUUGUCCUGUAAGGACCAAAACAAAGCAUCUUGUUGUGACAAAAUGCUGAUUGGCCUCAUUAUGCAUUGAAGCCCCUUGGGUUGAUACUUGCUUCGUAAUUUUAAAGGUUGCUUUUUCAGCUUCUACUGCAGGUAGAAGUAGUGUAUUAAAAAGUGAGACUUACUUAAGGGCGAAGUUUCUGUCUGUUGCAUUUGCUUUUGUUAACUGGGACUUAUGGUGCUUGUAGGGGGAAAAAAAAAACCCUUAGGUUUUUGUUUGAAGCUUUGCUCUUUACAAAGGCACUGUCAUCCCUAUAGGCUGAAAACAGGACUGGAUUUAUUAGUGAGGUUUCCAGGAUCAAUAGAUCAUAAAUCUUUAUAAUCAGAAGCAUUUAAAAAAAA